AUGCAGCGCGUAAGCCGAGUAGCAGUAGCGGCAUCGGUGUCCUCCUCAUCCUCCCCAGCAACAGCCCUGCUGACACCGUCGCGCGACUUCCGCAAGGAGCUGUUCGAGGGCCCCCUUGACCUAAAGCCGGGUGAGCGCAACGCCCGCAAGGGUCCACCGGUUGCCCAUAGUCUCCCCGUCUACAAGACAGCGCAUAAGCUGCACAACUCCGUCCGCUGGAAGAACGCCAAUCUUGUGACGAACGUCGCCGGUGGCCAGGACUACCGCCUGCGCGAGACUCAAGGCGAGGGCACCUUUGACGAGACAGGCAUGUACCGCGACUGGCUCUACGGCGAUGAAAGGCGCUACGCCAACUAUAUCGGCCUGACCCUUGGCGGACUCGCCAUCGCUCUUUUCUGGUACACAAUGCGCGUGAUCGGCAUGGAGACGUGGGACAUCCCAACCCCGGUGCUGGCCUCCCAACGCAAGCGGCUUGCCAAGGAGGCUGCCGCGGGUGAUGUGGACGGCAGCGGCGAUGCCGCGGUAGAAACGUUGGCGCCACCGACGGAGAAGGAGACUCGCCAAGAUGCGCUGGCGAUGCUGAAGCGGCCGAUGACGGUGUCAAAAGGCGGCUAA